AUGGGCCCGAAAAGUGCGGUGGUACGUGCCGCCAAAGAAGCGUACGAGGUCGCCCGGGACUCCGAUCAAGUAAUCGAAUCUUUGAAAAUGGAGAUGGAGUCUUUGCAUUCACGUACCCCGGACCACACUGAGACGGCUGAGCCUGGGUCCUCUCGCGAAUCACUAGCAUACAAAGAUGCGCAGGUCUGGAAAGACCUCAAAACUGAGACUGGCUUUGCUUCCUGCACGGAUUAUAUGGAGUUCUACAAGAAGGUUCGCCCUGAUUUCGAAGACCGGCUACAGCAAUUCCGAGAGUUGCCAGGACAUGCCCUGAGCCUUCGUCGCGAUUGUUACUCAGGAACUGCGCUCAUCCAAGCUCUACGUGAACCACCAGGAAAUGUUUGUACGCAACUCGUGCUUUGGUCAUUGAAUGCCGGUGGGCUCAAGACGUUGGACCAGGAAAUGGCGGAAGCUUUGAUCUUGGGAUUGAAGUUAGAUCCCCAGCUUCUAGCAGAUUAUGAUCGCUUGGCGAGGGAGGACCAUCACCCUCGCAGCAAGGGUUUACUUACUUCUCAAAUCAAGAGUGUAGUAACCAACUAUACCGUCACUACUCUGUCACAAAAAUUUAUGCCUGAAGUAGCGAACGCGGUCCCUGUCCUGCUAGUAGCAUUUCGACACUAUGGUUACGGACGCCUUUACGGAGGCCUUUCGGCCGAAGACAUCCUUGCUAAAAGUGACCAAGGAAAACCACCAUUUCAUAUAUCAUCUGUUGAAGAGAGCAGGGGAACAGAAGAUGAUAAUGAGACAAAAAUAGGGCAACUCUAUGCCAGAAGUGUGGAAACUUUCAUGGCGCAAGGUCGACUUGCCACUCCAAGCCUACUGCUGGCGGCUACGUCGCCUCUGCUUUCUAUCGAGGCUUACCGGGUACAAGACGCAUCCGAUGACCUUCAAGGUACAUACGAUAAACUCGCAAAGCACAGAAUCUGGCGCUGGGAUAUCUCAGACACGUACCAUAGGCACUUAGACAAGAAUCUAGACAUACAGCGUCUAAACUUACGUCGGAUUUUGGAGGAAGGUGAGACCCACGUGAGCCAAAUUCUCAGGUACCUGCUCUCUGAAGUCGACUUCGACUGGUCCGAAGAGCCUUCGUACGUGAGUAUCAAGGCAGAUUGGAGAAGUCUCAUUGAUGAAGCGCGUCGUUUGGAAGCCGAAGUCCGAGACUAUAUGCAACUUCAAGUUGGGAAUCUGUCCUUAGAGGAAUCGCGGAGAUCCAUUGAAUUAUCAAAUAUCCAAAUUCGUGAAUCCCAAAGUGUCACAAUACUCGCCUUUGUAUACGUGCCUCUCAAUCUUGCGACUUCCAUAUUCGGUAUGAAUAUUCAACAACUGAAUCACAACGGACAAAAUCUUUGGGUCUUCUUUGUGACGGCCGUUGUAGCCUUGUUGGUCACAGGUGGCUCCUGGGUAUGCUCAAAAAAAGCCAUGGCAUGGUACAAGGAACGGGCAGCAGUCAGUAGAGCAUACGCAAAGAAGGAGGGAAAGCAGGAGUAUGGAUUGCUGCUUCGCAUGGCCAUGUUGGUAUGGCUCGUGCGCAAUGGGCACACGGCCUGGAUGUGGAAGUCAGGAGCCUGGUUAGCCAUUCUAAUGAACAGCAAGACCCCUGGUGAAACAACAUACGCGAGGAAUCUUGUAAAGCCAGCAUGUAUCUAUGUUUCGGAAUACAGUCGGUGA